AUAUCGCCCCCGCUAGGGGAAAGGCGCAGGCGCCUCACGCAGCCUCUCUGCAGCUUUCAAGCCCUCGUUGGUACUUUCCUCUCUACCAUCCUCUCUUCCCUGCUCGGCUGCGAGUGGUCCGGCUGGGUGGGUGGGCAGAGGUGGAACGUCCUGAGCCCUGCUCCGGAAGGGGCUUAAGGCGGCAGCCCUGUUACCUCCCGGAUGGCACUUAGGGCCGAGCCCCCCGACGGGGGCUGGGGGUGGAUGGUGGUGCUCUCAGCGUUCUUCCAGUCGGCGCUGGUGUUCGGAGUGCUCCGCUCCUUCGGCGUCUUCUUUGUGGAGUUUGUGGCUGCGUUUGAGGAGCCGGCAGCGCGAGUCUCCUGGAUCGCCUCCAUAGGAAUCGCGGUGCAGCAGUUCGGGAGCCCAGUGGGCAGUGCGCUGAGCACCAAGUUCGGGCCCAGGCCUGUGGUGAUGGCUGGGGGCAUCUUGGCUGCGUUGGGGAUGCUGCUCGCCGCCUUUGCUACCUCCUUAACCCACCUGUACCUGAGUAUUGGGCUGCUCUCAGGAUCUGGCUGGGCCUUGACCUUCACUCCCACCCUGGCCUGCCUGUCCCGUUACUUCUCUCGUCGGCGAUCCCUGGCCACCGGGCUAGCACUGACGGGCGUGGGCCUCUCCUCCUUUGCUUUUGCUCCACUCUUCCAAUGGCUGCUCAGCCAGUACGCCUGGCGGGGGGCCCUGCUGCUGGUGUCUGCCCUCUCCCUCCACUUGGUGGCCUGUGGUGCUCUUCUCCGCCCACUCUCCCUGGCCGAGGACCCUGUCGUGGGUGGCCCUGGGGCCCAACUUGCCAACCUUCUCCAUCAUGGCCCCUUCCUCCGUUACACCGUUGCCCUCACCCUGAUCAACACUGGCUACUUCAUUCCCUACGUGCACCUGGUGGCCCAUCUUCGGGACCUAGAUUGGGACCCACUGCCUGCUGCCUUCCUACUCUCAGUGGCGGCUAUUUCUGACCCUGUGGGGCGUGUGGCUUCUGGGUGGCUAGGGGAUGCAGUCCCAGGGCCUGUGGCAAGACUCCUGAUGCUCUGGACCACCCUGACUGGGGUGAUACUGGCCCUGUACCCUGGGGCUCAGGCUCCCACAGCCCUGGUGGCUCUGACUGUGGCCUAUGGCUUCACAUCAGGGGCCCUGACCCCAGUGGCCUUCUCCGUGCUGCCUGAACUGGUGGGAACUGGAAAGAUAUACUGUGGCCUGGGACUGGUGCAGAUGGUAGAAAGCAUCGGGGGGCUGCUGGGGGCUCCUCUAUCAGGCUACCUCCGGGAUGUGACAGGCACCUACACAGCUUCUUUUGUGGCGGCUGGGGCCUUCCUUCUUGCAGGGAGUGGAGUUCUCAUCACUCUGCCCCACUUCUGCCUGUCAGCUCCUACCUCCAAGCCCCAGGACCCUGUAACAGAGGCACUGGAUACCAAAGUCCCCCUGCCCAGGGAGGGGCUGGGAGAGGACUGAACUACAGGAAGGGGGAGUCAGACCCAGAAACCCAGGGGUUGUUGGCUCCAGGUCUUCUGCCCCAUCUUGGCACCCACAGAACCACAGUGCCUUAAGCAUCGUUAUCUGCCUCCUCCCCCCCAGAGCAGGCCUGGGGCUCCUGCGAUGUGUGUGCCAACCCUUUGUAUUUUGUCUUAUCUCUUCUUUGCUCGCACAACGUUUUCUGAAGGAUCCAGGAGUUCAGCCUGCUCCACUGAGCUGUGAAUCGACUGUGGAAACUCAAAGGCCAAGAGACUUAUCAUGUUUUACAUGUGAUCUCUAGUGUUGCCUCCCACAUUUCUUCCCUGAAGACAGAUCUUUGGGAAAGAGGGAUGCCCCUUUGAGAUAAAACUGAAUAAGGAAACCGGACAAUAAUCAGAACCUCAAAAAGAAUUGGGGCCCAUAUGCCUGGGCUGGCUGAUUGGGGUCACGCUGGGGACUGGAGGGGAGGUAUCCAGGAGCUCUGGUGACCCAGAGCAUUUAACCCUGGACUCUGCUCUCUGGAUCACAGUUCCUCCUACUUGCCCACUGACCUCCCUCUUUCCCACUAUCCCCUGUAACUUAGGAAAGAAAUUAAGAAAAUGGUGAGGGACAUGUGGGGGGUGCUAGCUGGGGAGGGGGAGAUAAAGCUAAGAGAGCUGAA